UAUGCGGUUGGUUGGUGUCCUAGAUUUCCCUAAAUUUAUUAUGAAUAAGACAGGGAAAUUAAAGUGUACACUACAAAAACUUAUCCUUCCAGAAGAAUUUUCCCAGCCUCUCGUCACUUGUAUCUUCAGCUUCCCUUCUAUAAAAUUUGCUUAAAUCACAAACACACCAACAAUUAAUAUCACAGACUCAAGAUGAAACCAUUGAGAAACAAAACACUGAGCUUGCUGAUUCUUCUUCUUCUUCAACCCAUUGACACAACCAGUACCCCAAGUCCGCGGCCAUGGCCGGACCAAUUCCAUGCACUUCUCUAUAUGAACUUGAGCACAGGGCAUCUGCAGAUAAGCGAUCUCUGGUACGACUGGCCGCGGGGGACCAAUGUGAAUAUAUUUCAGAAGCAACUGGGGGUGCUUCUGUACGGCGUGGAGUGGGACAAUGGCACCACGUUUUACUACACUUUAGGCGAGGCGGCGACGUGCGAAAUUAUGCAGUUUGAAGUGGGGAUUCCGCGGAGAAAUUUUCUUGAGGGAGCCAAGUAUUUAGGGACUCAAACUACUGAUGGGUUCUUGUGUGAUGUUUGGGAGAAAGUUGACUUCAUUUGGUACUUUGAAGAUGUUGUUUCCAGGAGGCCUGUUCGAUGGGAUUUCUACGAUGGUAUAUCUACACAUGUUAUCACAUUUGAGGUUGGUGCAGUUUUGAACGAGUCAUUCAUUCAAGCACCUCCCUAUUGUUUCAACGAGACGACAGAGAAGAAAGUAUUUAGCAGUUGAAAGUUUUAUGUGGGCACAAUAAGAAAAUUUCUCAAGGAAUUGUAGCUUUUAGCUGGCAAAUUAUAGUAUAAAAUUUUCUCUUUGUAGUAAGACAUAAAGGAUCUAUAACUGCUGGAUUCAUCGAUGUAGUGAGCUUGGCAAGGAGAAAUAUUUCGUUAUUAUUAGUGGAAGGAAUUCAAGGAAGCCA